AUGCCGGCAUCCAUUCAAGAGAUUUUUCCGUCGUCGUUUAUGGUACUGUGCGUUUCCUUCUUCUUUUCUGUCGUCGCGGACGUUCUCGCUCCUUCCACCUCGUUCCCGUCGACCGUCGACCCCCUCCUCCCCUUUCCCCGCGUCCACGUCGUAGGGCGGCUGCGCCAAGAAAGGGGUUGGUUGAGGCGCAAGGUUCCCGACCCCGGCGGCGCGGAGCCGUGCGAGAUCCUCCUCCUUCCUCCCGCCGCUCUGGUCGCCCGACGAACCAAAUGCGCACACACGAUUCGCCAUCAUCAUCAUCUCUGACGCUGCUUUCUUUGAACCUCCACUACUACUAGUAGUCCCACCUGCCCUUUCUCCGCCGCUGCUGCGUUGGCGAAUUUCAAGUUUUCCCCGAGCAUUGACUGGAUUACAGCCCAAAUCAGUUUUGGUUUUAAUUAAUGCGGCCAAACUCCAUAACGUGCGUCGGUGUCACGUGCACUGUUUUGAAUGAAAACAUGCCCGUUUCGUUGCAAAUUUUUUUAACCGCCAAGUAAAAUACUGCACGAAGCUGUUUUUUUGGGUGUUGAUUGACACGGUAAACCGUGCGUGUGAGGGAGAAUCCAGAGGAUCGGAGCUAGGGAUCGAGCUUCGGCACAAAAUUACCGGACUACCCUUCCGCUCGCCCCCUUUUCUGUCGCAUCCCCUCGCGACUCACGCCUCCUCUCCACACUUCGCCGUCCCCACGAACCGCCUCCCUCCCUCCCGUCGCGUCUCCCAAACUCCCUGGCGGCGGCGGCGGCGGCGGCACCGCUGCUCCUGCCGAGGCUCCGGCCAUCCCCAUCCAGAUGGACAGCCAUAAUUCUACACUGCUCCAUGUUCCUGAAGUAACCAUGGACAUCUCAUCCGCUUCUGGAGCAGCUGGGAACAAAGUUUGCAGAGGUGCUGCUUGCGACUUUUCUGACGCCAGUAACACCUCGAAAGAUUCAAAGGAGAGGUCUGCAUCCAUGAAGAAGCUCCUAAUUGCUGUGAUCCUUUGUGUUAUAUUCAUGGCGGUUGAAGUGGUUGGAGGCAUCAAAGCAAACAGUCUUGCAAUCUUGACUGAUGCUGCCCAUCUCCUUUCGGAUGUUGCAGCCUUUGCCAUAUCUUUGUUCUCCCUAUGGGCAGCUGGUUGGGAAGCGACACCUCAGCAGUCAUAUGGAUUUUUCCGUAUAGAGAUUCUUGGGGCAUUGGUUUCCAUUCAGCUUAUAUGGCUCCUUGCUGGCAUACUUGUCUACGAAGCUAUUAUGAGGCUCAUUAAUGAAAGCGGCGAGGUACAGGGCUCCCUCAUGUUUGCUGUAUCAGCUUUUGGUUUGUUUGUUAACAUCAUAAUGGCAGUGUUGCUUGGUCAUGACCAUGGGCACGGUGGACAUGGGCACAGCCAUGGACAUUCACAUGACCACGAUCAUGGUAACUCAGAGGAUGACCAUUCCCAUCAUGGAGAUCAUGAGCAGGGCCAUGUACAUCACCAUGAGCACAGCCAUGGUACUUCUAUUACCGUUACAACUAAUCAUCACUCUCAUUCGAGCACUGGACAACAUCAGGAUGUUGAGCAACCAUUGCUUAAACAUGAUGGUGAUUGUGAGAGUGCCCAGCCUGGAGCCAAGCCUGCUAAGAAGCCUCGUCGCAAUAUCAAUGUUCACAGUGCCUAUCUGCAUGUAAUUGGGGACUCCAUCCAGAGCAUUGGCGUAAUGAUUGGAGGGGCUCUCAUCUGGUACAAGCCCGAAUGGAAGAUUAUUGAUCUCAUAUGCACCCUCAUCUUCUCUGUGAUUGUACUGUUCACCACAAUCAAGAUGAUCCGGAACAUACUUGAGGUCCUUAUGGAGAGCACGCCCCGCGAGAUUGAUGCCACCAGGCUUGAGAGUGGUCUCCGUGAGAUGGAAGGUGUGAUUGCUGUCCAUGAGCUGCACAUCUGGGCUAUCACAGUGGGGAAGGUGCUCUUGGCAUGCCAUGUGACGAUCACGCAGGAUGCGGAUGCUGAUAAAAUGCUUGACAAGGUCAUUGGGUACAUCAAGGCAGAGUACAACAUCAGUCAUGUGACCAUUCAGAUUGAGCGAGAGUAAGGCACAUGUCAGGUAGUUGGGGAUAAAGGUGUGUGCCUGUUAACGGUCUAUCAUCUUAAUGCCGGUUAAUGUUAGACUUGCACUUGCAAAGGCGUUGCAGGUUCAUCUAGCUGUUGCCUUUGGUGCUGGAGAAAUAUUAUAUGUACGCGUUUUCGUUAGCCCAUUAGUUGAAUGAACUAUUAAUCGGGUGGUGCAGUUGUUUGUAUUCACAUGGAUGCAAUUUCCAGACAAUUUUUGAGCCCCUUGUGAGUUUAUCAACCUGCAUGUGUAGUUUCAGCGACACCCUUUCUUAGCACUUUAUGUAAAGAUCUGCUAUGGUUAUGGACAGUGGGUAUGGAUGUUAUCCAGUUUCUGUUCGCUUUA